GGCAGCGGCGGCAGCGGCUGCGGCUCCAUCACUUUCCUCCCGGGCCGGGGGUCGGCGGGCGGUGGCACCGGCGACUGGACAGGUCUGGGCAGGGCCGUGGACGCCGGGCCCCUGAUUCCCCAUCAGGCUACGGGCUCUGGGCCUGGGGCCAGCUGGGCAGCUGUGAACCCAGCGCUUUCCAGGCGCCGAGCUGGGGGUGCGCCCGGCCACCCGGCCUCGGGAUCAUGGGGAAUGGCAUGACCAAGGUACUUCCUGGACUCUACCUUGGAAACUUCAUUGAUGCCAAAGACCCCGAUCAGCUAGGCCGGAAUAAGAUCACACACAUCAUCUCUAUCCAUGAGUCACCCCAACCUCUGCUGCAGGAUAUCACGUACCUUCGAAUCUCAGUCGCUGAUGCUCCUGAGGUACCCAUCAAAAAGCACUUCAAAGAAUGUGUCAACUUUAUCCACAGUUGCCGCCUCAACGGGGGUAACUGCCUUGUACACUGCUUUGCAGGUAUAUCUCGAAGUACCACCGUUGUGAUCGCCUAUGUGAUGACGGUGACCGGACUAGGCUGGCGGGAGAUACUUGAAGCCAUCAAGGCCACCAGGCCCAUCGCCAACCCAAACCCAGGCUUUAGGCAGCAGCUUGAGGAGUUUGGCUGGGGAAACUCGCAGAAGCUUCGCCGGCAGUUGGAGGAGCGCUUCGGGGAGAGCCCGUUCCGCGACGAGGAGGAACUGCGCACGCUGCUGCCUCUCUGCAGGCGCUGUCGCCAGGGUUCGGCGACCUCCGCCACGUCGGCCACAGCGUCCUCCGCCGCUUCCGAGGGGACCCUGCAGCGCCUGGUGCCGCGGGAAGCCCACCGGCCGCUGCCGCUGCUGGCGCGCGUCAAACAGACUUUCUCCUGCCUCCCGCGGUGCCUGUCGCGCAAGGGCGACAAGUGAGCGCCCUGCCCGCUGCUCCGCCUGUCCUCACGCCACAGCCCUUCGUCGGCGGCCAGGGCUUCCCGCAUCCGGGAUGCGCCCAGAGCUUGUGGGAGCCUCGCCCAUGCCCAAUGUCCACCACGCUUGUCUGCGUCCGUCCUCAGUGUCCCCUUUGUGAGUCCGUGUUCCGCCGGCCUGCUUCAAGCCACCUGGUGCCUUAGUCCUUGAGCCUGGGGAAGGGGUCCUAGGCCUCCACCCAGACAGACAGGGAACAGGAGGUUGGUCGGGUGGGGUGGACCGGCCUGGAGGAGAUUAAAGAGAUGCGGACGUUGCCUGGCCCGGUGCCUCUGGUCAUUCUGCAGAGCCUGGGUUCUGCAGCCUGCGUGAGGCAGGCCGGGAACAGCUUCCAGGGGCCGGGGGAAGCGCCAUUCUCCAUUAGUCUGCAGAGCUGAAUUCCAAGACCAUACCCUUCUCAGACACCCCAGUCCCCAUCUCUCCCAGAGCCCUGGACUCCUGACGCCCCCCCCCAGCUCUUUGGACCCAUCACCUCUCUGAGGCCCCUCCCUCUUCUCCAAAUAACUGGCCGGUGUGCGCCAGUUGGUGGUGUUGCCUUCACAUCAGCUUUAAUGGUCUGAGAUGACUUUAUACUCAGGGAGAACACCCAGGAUCAUAGAGGCCAGGCUGCUGGCCCAAGCACACACAGCUAGAGCAGGUCAUUCCAGCUGUGGUAGGAGGGAGGAAGCAACUCCUGGUGUGGAGGUUUCUGGAGAGGAAGACCCAGCACCAACUGGGGUGCAGGGGGUAGCAGGACACCCAAUAAAGAGUAAGCAGCCCUGUGGAUGGACAGACGAAGGGGUGUCACAAGAACUGAUUACCUGAGGGAGCUGAAGUCGCUAUUGCUCAGUAGACUCUUCUGGCUUCACGGCUGAUGGGGCACAGCCCUGAGGAACUGAGCGGAAGGAAUGGUGAGCUACCCACACCAACCCCAAUUCUUCAUCCACUCAAAUGUUCAUUGAGCACACAGUGUGCCGGACUGUGCUGGACUCUGGGGCUACAGCAAGGAGCACACUUCUGUCCAUGGCUGACCUUCUAGAGGAAGAUACCAGAUAAAAGAGGGGGUAAGAGAGUGGACCAUCUUGCCAUCUGACAGGAGAGCGGAGAGCGACAAAUGGGAAUCCCAAGAUGCAGGAGCAGUUAACUGAAAAGGCCCGGAGUUAGGGCUUUGUGAAGAGAAAGGGUGACUGUACUCCCCAGAGGACAGGGAGCCUGCAUCCUCCUAAUUGGCCGUUGCCACCACAGUUCACCUGUCUUCUAGCCCUUCUGUCCCAGACAGAGCCAUUCCCUCUUUGAAACGAUAAUGUGGUCCCAUCGUCCACAGACAAAACCAAGCCCUUUGGUAUAGUGUUCCAGACCCUUCCAGAGGCUCCCUGGCUGAAGUGUCGCCUCUACACACAGCCUCAACAGUGCAGUGCUCUCCCCUAGGACACUGUCGCUGUCCUGAACACUCCAGCUCAGCCGAUCCUCAUCCCACCCUAACAGCUGCCCCAUUUAUCAGAAGAGAAGAUGGAGGCUGGUGCCCCGGGUCAUGAGCAGGAGAUGGGGCUAGGAUGUGAACUCGGGCAUCUAGUUGCAGGCCCCAGCCUCCUAUCAUUUUCCUCUGUAAUCUAGAAAUCGGAAGGGCUCCUCUGACACACAGGAGGCUGCUUGGAUGGGCGGGACACCUCAGGCUGGCUUCUAAAACUCCAGCCUCAGCUGGGGGAUAGAAAAACUAGCCCUCCCCUCCUAUACUGCGCAGCUGCAGACUUUUUCCCUCUUCGUUAUUUCCUAAACGGUCUGACAGCCUCCCAGCAUUUGCUCCCCAGUAGGCUUUCUAGAGUUUAAAAUAUGGCAGAGGAUUCUUGCAGAUUCCGUGUGAAUAGCCCACCACUUGGCUUAAGGGAUUUGCCAUGCAUUUCGUCACUCAGUGGGGUCCUGGAGCCAACCCCUCACCGAUAUAAAAGGACAACUAAUUCCUACUCAUGUUCAUCCCAUGAAGUGCUUUGUGCCCCUCUAGAGUUCACAGGUCUGAAGUGGACUGAGGCUGCAUAAAUGUCACAAGACAGCUGCUGGCAUGUGGGGCCGAGAGGAGGAGGAGUGAGGGCAGCCUCCCACAGGUGCUUGUGAAGGGGAGACCUCACUCCCUAGCUCUGUCCAGGCUGGACUAGCCACCGCACCAGGAAUUUUCUUCUUUCAAAGCCUCGGUUCUGCCACAUACACAGCAAGGGCUGAUGCAGCUGAACUACU